UCCAUCCUGGCCUUGAACACCUCCAUGGAUGGGGCAGCCACUCCUCUAGGCAACCUCUGCAAAAUCCGCAAAAUGAAGAAUUUCUCCCUAAGAUCUCAUCUCAGUCUUCCCUCUUGCAGCUCAAAACCAUUCCCCCUCAUCCUAUCCUUGCAUUCCUUGAUCAGGAGCCCCUUCCCAGCUUUCCUGCAGUCCCUUUCCAUACUGGAAACUGCUCUGAGGUCUCCCUGGAGCCCUCUUCUUCUCCAGGCUGAACAACUCCAUCUCUCUCUCAGCCUGUCCUUGUAUGGGAGGAGCCAAACCAAGACUGAUCUGAGGUGAGAAAGGCAGGAAGGGAUUACCCUGUUGUUCCUGGUGCUUUCUGCAAUGCAGACACCUCCAUCCCCCAACCUUACACCAUCACUGGAGAAAACAAUCCUCUUUUCUUUCCUUCCUCUUCCAUCUCCAUAAGCUCCAGGCUUGAAAGGCACCAGCUCAGCCCUCACAGCUGUUCCCAGGGCAAGCCAUGCCCCUCUCCUACCCCCAUGAGUCAUGCCUAGGUGCCACUGCACUCCUUGGCAGGUGACAGGAUGUUGCUGCUGCCUUGCCCUUGGGAAUCAGCUGUGCUGGUGCUGAGUCAGCCAGUGGAGCAGGAUACGCUCUCCUGGGCUUCCCAAAGGAGCUCCUCAGAGCUCACUGCCAGACAAGCUGAGCUCUGUGUCAGCACAGUGGGGGUUUGGAGACCACCUACCCAUCCAAGGAGACAUCUCAGCAUGUCCCAGCUGAGCCAAAGCCGGGCUCUUGUCAUCGUCAACACCCAUUUCCACAGCAGCGAUGGUAAUAUGGCAUUUGGGACCCGGAGAGGAGCCAAGCGAGAAGCAGAGAAGCUGUCCAAUGUGCUCUCACGGCUCAAUUAUACAGUGAAGCUGGUGAGCAACAAGACAGCCAAGGAGAUAGAAGAUCUCUACUGGCAAGAGCACUACCAUGAGCAUGGCGAAUACUUUGUAAGCAUCAUUUCCAGCCACGGAGAGGAGGGCAUCAUAUUCGGUUGCGACACGGAGCCCGUUCAGCUGAGCCACCUUUUCCAGAUUUUAUCAUCAGAGAAGUGCCCGGUGCUCAGGAAAAUCCCCAAAAUCUUCUUCAUCCAGGCCUGCCGGGGAAAAGAACUGGAUCAGGGGGUGGUUCUGGAGUGUGACAGUGGGGAGCCAGAGCCGGAGUGCGAGCCAGAAUGCCUCUUGGACAUCCCCACCAUCCCGCCCCAAACCGUCGUGAUGUUCGCCUGCAGCCCAGGCUAUGUCGCCUUCCUCAACCCCUCCGGAUCCAUGUUCCUCCAGGCCCUGCUGAAGGUACUGGAGGGAGAGGAACGUCACCUGGACCUCAUCCGCCUCCUCACCCGCAUUAACGGCAAGGUGGCCUUUCACUGCCAGGCCAGGGGCAGCUACGAGGGGUGCAAGCAGAUGCCCUGCUUCAUCACCAACCUGCACCAGGAGGUCUUCCCCUUCUCAGCACCCAUCAUGGAGGAGGCAGAUGGUGUUUGAGAGCUGCUGGCUCUGCAGCAAAGCCAUGGGGGUUGAAGAACAUCAGGAAUCCCCUGUCAUGCAUGGGCUAAAAAGGACCAGUUCUAAGCAAACCAACAAGAAACAUCUCUGCAAAGAGGAUCAGCUCAACCUGGGGUGCUUCAAGGGCAGGUUGGAACAAGCCAAGUGGAGCCAGGGCAGAUAUUUCCCCUGUGCUACCAUGGGACCUACUGCAGAGCAGAAAUGUCCAACUGAAGCACACAAUGAGACAGGGACACCCAAAUGCCCUAUGGCAGCAUCCCUACCCUGUAGCUGCCACAGCUCCAGAGGGGAAUCAUAGAUUCAUCAAGGUUGGAAAAGCCCUCCAAACUCAUCCAGUCCAACCAUCAGCCCAACCCCACCAUGCCUGCAAAACCAUGUACUAAAGUGCCACAUUCACACGCUCUUUGGAUCCCUCCAGGGAUGGAGGCUCCACCACUUGGAGAAGGAGGAUGUCAACUUUCUCCUCCCCCUGAUCUCUUUCCACGAAGAGCUCCAACCUCCCAAACACAAUCUCGCCCAUUUUAGUUUCCUUUUAAUCCAAACCAGCCUGCACAGGGCAGGGACUUCCAUUGUACAGAGGCAAAGUUGAUGUGUUUACCUGGCUGGUGCCCAACCCAGAAUGAAAACACUGCUGGAGAGAUCACCACACAUUCAAGCUGUUUGGUCACCAGCCAGCUUAAAAAUUCAAGCCUUUAAAAAGGAAAUCAAUAAAAUACACAGUGUUUGACAGGAUUUACAGGUUGGUGGGUUAAUUUGGGACUUGGAGUUUAGGUCAGGGACAGGAUUUGGGAGCAUUUGCUUGAGGUUGUUUUGAGUUCAGGAUGGGUCUUAGGGAGCUUCCUUUUUAUGAGGAAGAGAGAAGCUCCAGCUGGGAUGUGAGUGGAGGGGGGUGUGGGCUGGGACAGCUCAUGGACCUGAUGUAUUUGGUCAAGGUCCUCUCCUCCUGUUGUCCUUUAGGUGCCAAGAAUAAGUGCAAAAGCAAAGUCAAUAAAAAAGACGUAAUGGCUCCAACGCAAACACAGGGAGACCCCUGGUCAGGGACUGGUCCUCAGAUGGGCAUGCCGGGAGCCGGCAUCGCCUGUUGGGAAUGCUGAGAUAUGGAAUGUAAGCACCCUCACCCAGCUCAGGGAACCUCUCAGACUCCUGGAGAUCAGACUAUUGCCCAUCGUGGAAUGUUGGUGCAUUAUGCGUGACUAUUCUCACCAGUCUCAAAAGGGAAGCUUUCAGGCUGGCCUCUCUAUCAACCCCUUUAUCU